AUGUGGAGCAGAUUGACCGGUAGCUCUGCUGCCUCCAACAGCAACAAGGACGAGGAAAGUCGCCGCCGCCGUACUAGCGACUCCACGCGUUCCAAGCGCGACCCAGACGCCCGCUCCGUCGUGUCAUCCUCGACGACGCGCAAGCCAUCGACAUCGACCUCAUCUAAACGUGACACUGCGCCUUCCGCGUCUUCGAUUGCCUCCUUCACGACUGCCUUCGACGAGAUGCCGCGCUCACGGGCCACAACAAACAACACGAGCGGUCCCUACGACGACGACAACAUGCGUCGCGACGAUCGCCGCAGCAGCUAUGCCGAGUCGUCCAGCUCGACACUGCGCGACGACAAGGACCGCAAGACGGGCAAGGCCAAGGACAAGAAGCUCGAGAAGCGCCGCUCGACGCGCUCAGUGCGGUCCGGCAGCACGUCGCAAACUGGCGCCGGCUACAGGGGCGAGAUUGUUGACAGUCCCAAGUCGGUCCAGCGCAGCUUCAGCGGCCAGAUUGGCAGCGACGGCUUCUCGCAGUUCCCAGGACAGGCAGGAGCGCCCAUGAUGUCGGGCGCUCUGCCAGUAGGAAGCCACCCACCACACCACGACGACAUGGACGAUCACGUGCAGAGCCAGUUCCCCGGCCAGGACCCUCUGCGAUACACCUCGAGCGCGCUCCCUGGCGGCCAUCCAUUCGGAGCGGCUGCCGACUUCUACAACGACCAGGGCCAGUCAGUGCACCAACAGCCUGGCGUGAGGCCCCAGCCGCCCUCUGUCAUCAUAGGACAGGAUACCCCCCAUCUCAUGUCUGCCUCCGCGCAGCCCAACCCGGUUGCCGACACCGGAUCGGGCGCCGCUGCAGACUUCUACGGGCCCAGCACAAAUGGCUCUUCAUCCAGGCCUCCACGACCAUCGAGCUCGUCCAUGCCCGGUGCCUUCGUCGACGACACCCCGACGCCCCAGAAACCACCGCGACCCGCAUCUUCGUCGAGACCCAACAAGUCGAGCACCUUCGGCCCAGCUGCUACUGCGGCCGGCGGAGCUGCCCUGGGAUAUGCCAUGGGCCACAGCUCCUCUAAUCACGAACACACCACGAGCUACAGCUCAUCGAAUGUUCGCCCUUCUACAUCAUACUCUUCUUAUACUAAUAAUACCCCCCCGGCUGCUCCGGCUUCCACGUACAACAUGUACGGCCCGGGAUCUAAUGCUUCUAAUACCGCUGCCAACGACGGCAGCUACCUCCCACCCUAUGCUGCAGCCGCCGCCUACGGCGUGGAAGGCGCGCCUCCUCCAAAGCCACCUCGGCCAGCCAAGCCAGAAAAGCACUCGUCUGGCAGCAUGGCUGGACUGUACGCUGCUGGCGCCGCAGGACUGGCGGCUUAUGGCUUAAACCAACAUAAUUCACAUUCACACACCCACUCCAACACCCACACACACUCGCAUAGCACACACCAUCACCCGUCGGCGCACGGCCCGAACGGACAUCAUCAGAAUGGCCUUACGCCCAGUCCAUACAUCUCAGGCGGCAUGGCUCACCAGCAUCAGCACACUGGGCCUGUUUCCAAGUUUGUCGACUGGUGGAAAGACUACGAGGAUGUGCAGAAGAUGGAAGAGUACACCGAGUACAUUGGAGUUUGCAAGGGUUGCUUUGACCCUCGCUCUUCCGUUCUGGACGCCCCGCGGAAGCACCACUACUACAAACGGCGAUCCAAUGAGUUCAUGCGACCCACUGGUGGCAUUGAGAAGCAAUCUCGAUACUCGCUCAAGGAGAAGAAGUCUUGGGGCUCAAUCUCUUCGGGUGAGGAGCGUCGCAAGAACAAGAGCAGCGCCGCGGGCUGGGUAGCUGCAGGCCUGGGCGGCAUUGGCCUUGCCAAGGCUGGAAAGGCUGUCUUCAGCGCGGGCCGCGACGACUUUGACGACACAUACAGCAUCAAGUCUGGUCGGUCGAGGGUCUCACGACACAGCCGCAGCAGAUCAGGGGAUCGCAAGAGUUACAGCUAUGGCAGCUCUGGCAUCCGCCACCGGAGCAAUUCCGCCGACCGCAUUUCCGUGAUGUCCGUGGGCGUUACGAGCGACAAGAAGGACCGUAAGGAUCACAAGGUUGUUCGCCGUCAGUCUCGGUCGCGCCGUUCUCGAUCAAGCUCAACUUCAAGCUCCAACUCAGGACGCGGCAAGACAGGCCUGAUCGGCACUGCCAUUGGUGCAGGUCUUGCAGGAGUCGCCCUUGGAGCGGCCACAAAGAAGAAGCAGCACAGUCGAUCCAGGUCCCCGAAGAGGGUUCAAGUGGUUCAUCACCGCAGAGACAGCAGUGACGAUGAGCGUCGUAGGAGAAGAUCGCAUUCACUCCGACACAAAGCAUCUCGAAGCUCAACAUCCGGAGCCUCUGUCAUCGAAAUUGGCCAGAAUCACGAGUCCCAGGGUGGCUUCCUUGGAGGCUUCUUCUCUGCACCUCCACCAAAGGAGAAGCGAGUGAAGACAGCCAAUAGCCUGAAGAAAAAGAAGAAGGGCUUCUUCAGCUUCAGCAAUGCUUCAACAUCCUCAUCCGACUCCGAGAUGGCAUUCGGCACCGGCUACGUAAGGAGGACGCGGAGACGAUCAUCGCCGAAGAGACGAAACUCGGAUGAGCGACUGAAAGCUUCGCUACUUGGUCUUGGCGCUACGGCUGCUGCUAUCACAGCCGCGAAGGCCGGCAAGGGCAAACGCCACAACGAGAUCGUUGCUGUUAAGGAGAACCGUCUUGGUCGCAAGACAAGUCAAACUUCGCGGCCCGCCUCACGUUACGGGGACGACGAGUGGGAGGACUUGCCAGACGAUGGUACUUCCGACUCCUCGAGUGAUGGCGGUCUCGUAUACGGCGAUUAUUCCCUGAAGAAGACCAAGAGCAACGAGUCUAUCGGAUCCAACCACUCAGGUACGAACAAAUGGGGCUGGCGAUGGGGCUUUGGCAAGAAGAGAAGGUCUUCCAACAACCUCUACGACAACAUCGCUAGUACAUCGCUCAUUGGGCCUGCCGCAGCUGGCGCAGCAGGUGCCUUGACCGGCGCAGCUGUUGGAGCUGCCCAUGGACACCACGACAGCGAGUCUAGCAGCGCUCAAACAUUGCAGUCGGUCUAUCCUGUUGCACCCCAUGACCCCAAUGCGUCGUUCGAUGCACGCCGUACAAGCUCUAUCGUCACCAAUCAGCCUAUUGUCACCUCAGGACCUGGUCCCAUCCCCAUUCAACACCCUCAGCCAGUGCAGCAAGUCCCCGGCGCCAUCUACUCAACACAGGCACCAUCACAAUCUGGGUACACCACAGCAGGUCCUUCAGACUUCCCACCAGCACCUUUCCCACCUCCUUAUCCCACGCAGUCUCAAGUUCAGAACAUUAUCAUCCAAAGUCCUCAGCAUCCUCAAUUCCGUCGGGCAAACUCUUCUCCCAUCCAAAGCUCCUCAUGGAGGCGAGAUGCCUCUAUUGCUGGACUUGCAGCGACUGCCGGAUUUGCAGCAGUUUCUGCGAUGAAACACCCCGACCGACCUCCGAGCCGACCGCCGUCCGCGUCUAGCAAUGUUCGCUUCAACUUGACACAAGAGCAGGCCGAGAAGGACCUCCGUGAGCGACGCAAGGAGCAGGAGCGACUGGACGAGGAGGCCGAGCGUCGCCGAGAACAACAGAGACGCGAGGACGAGGCGCGCCGGGAAGAGGAAGACCGAGUGCGUCGAGAACAGCUGCGACAAGAGGAAGAGGCCCGGCGAGCGGCACUUGCGCUCCGUGAGGAAGAGGAUCGCCUGCGCAAAGAACGGCAGCUGCAAGAGGAUGAGGCUCGACGGAUUGAAGAAGACCGCCGGCAGACAUUGCUCCGUUUGGAGGAAACGACACGCCAAGAAGAAGCGCGACGCCGAGACGAAGACGAGCGACGUCGCCUGGAGUUGCAACGGCAGCAGGAGGAGGCUCGCAAGUUCAUGGACAUCGAACGAUUGGCGAGGCUCGAGAACGAACGCCGUCGCGAACAGCAAGAGGUCCAGGCACGCCUCGCUCGGGAAGCCGAAGACCGCGAACGUCAUCAACGAAUGUCCGAAAUGGAGCGUCAGCGUCAGCUCGCCAUCGAGGCUGCGGAGGCUGAGCGCAAACGGAGAGAGCGCCGUGAAUCUCAACAACAAGAAGCUGAGCGCAUCGAUGCCGCGAGACGCGAAGCUGAGAUUCAAGAGGACAUGGAGCGCCGACGCAGGGAACGCGAAGCUCAGGACUACACCGACCGAUACGAGAGCGACCGAGCUCGUAAGCUUGAACAGCAGCCAACAGGAGAUUCAAUGGCUUCGACUGCCACCGUUGUACAACGCAAGGAGCAGGAGCUGCAAGACCGCGAACGCGAGGCUUUCAAGUCUGACAAGAAGUCUUCCGUUGCUGGCGCAGUAGCUGCUGGUGCUGCAGCAGCAAUCGCAACUGCUGCGAUCAAGGACUACAAGGACAACAAGGACAAAGAGAAGGAGAGGGAGCGCGAGAAGAAGCGCGACAGCAAGUCUUCGUCUUCAACGAAGAGCAGCAAGAGCGAAUCCUCCUCAUGGAAGCGCAGCAAGAACGAUUCUUCUUCGUCCAAGAGCAGCAAGAGUGAAUCUUCAUCCUCGAAGAGCAGCAAGAAGCGGGAGCCAACCAGUGUCAAGACUAUCGAGCCCAGCAAAGUCAAGCAGGACAUUUUUGACGAGGACAUCUUCAACCCCGAUAUGUUUAAGCAGAAGGACAAUUCACGCCAGGAAGCUCGCGAAGUCCUUCAAGAUUGGGAACAAAGGUACUAUGCAAAGCCAGUAUCUCAAGCUGAAUUCUUCGCACCGGAAGAGCUCUUGGCCAACGACAACCUGCCCAAGGUCCGCCCAGUAGACCCGAACGAGGGCGCUCCAGAUCUACCCAUCAACCAAUCCUGGGAAGACUAUCCUGUCAGCCAGCCCAAGCUCCCUCCUUAUCCUCCGUCGUACGCAUUCACUGCCACCAGAAAUGGUCGGUCCUCUCAACCCCAACCGCUACCUCAAGUUCCAUCGCUGAACCUCAUCUUGCCUACUCCUCCCGGUAGUCGCACACCUUCUGUGCGCAGUGCAUCUGCCCCUCCAUCACCAGCAAUGGAGCCUAUCAGGGAGACUAGAGAGACCAGACGCGAGCCAAGAGAUGACGAAUCGAACCGAGCAAGAUCUAGGGUAAGCUGGGGCGAGAACCAGUUCCACCACUUUGACGUCCCUACUCCGGAGUCCUACCGCGAACAAUUCGUCUCAGAUGGCGAUCUCAGGUCGCGUGAAGCCACGGUCGAGCGCGAGCCGCCCAAGCCCGAACAGACGACGUCCACCUACACACCCUACCGCCCCGAGAUGUCCAGAGUCCCCGAGAGUAAGGAGUCUGCACCAAGCACGCAAUACAUUCGGGACGAGAAGGACUCCAGUUGGGACAGUGUCGUGGAUGCUGCUUCCAAGAAGAGCAACAAGAAGGAGAAGAAGUCAGCAGCAGCGGCAGCAGCUGCAGCACUAACGACUGCAGCGGUUCUUUCCCGAGAUCAACGAGAUCAAGAGGACGAGCGUAGCUACAGACGCGACAAUCCAACUGCAUCUGCCCUGAGCAACCCGACUGCAUCAAACCUCAGCAGUGCGACUUCCUACGAUUUCAGCGAUCCAACUGCGUCUACCGUCAGCACUGUUGUCAGCAAUGCCACUGCAGCUGGAUUCAGCAAUCCUACCGCGUCUUCCCUCAGCAACCCGUUCUCUGAUGGAAACAGGGCCCCUUCAACUAUCGCUCCAUCGAUCAUCUCAGCUGCGCCAUCUUCCACAGUCACUCCUUCCAUCAUCUCAGCUGUGCCAUCUACGAGCAGCGUUCAGACGGCAUACUGGCAGCCUGAGUCAGAGCGCGACGCGUGGAGGACGCCCCAACAGAGUACAGUGGGACCUGGCUUUGUUGAAGGCGAGAUUCCUACACCGCCAGUGUCUAUGCACAUGCCCGGCGGCUGGGACGACAUACCGGACCCUGAGGUACUCGCAGAGGAGCCGCCGGCAUCGUCCGCGAAGAAGGACACAAAGGGUAAGAACAAGGCUAACGAUACUGACGAAGUUAUAGCUAUGCAGAAUGUUUCUCGACGUGGAGAGCCAACACCUGCAGUGAAAGAGAGGGAAGCGGAGCCAGAGGUCAAGCUCAGCAAGAAGGAGAAGAAGGACAAGAAGAAGAAGUCCAAGUCAUCGAAGCGAGCCAGUGUGGACACUUGGGAGAUGAGUGAUCCCAGUCCGCCAUCAAGCCCGAUAAUGGACCGCGAUCCCAGGGACAUCGAGCCCUCCCGAGAUCCCAGGGAUAUUGAGCCUUCUCGAUCUGCUGAGACCUCACGAUUCGCCGACUCUUCUCGCUCCACUGAGCCUUCUCGAUCGGCCGAACCACCACGUCUAGGAGAAGCAUUCCAAGAGUCCCCCAGUCCUCCGAAGAAGCCCGCGCGACAAGGUGAGAGCAGCGGCAGUAAAGCCUCCACCGCUGCCAUGGCCGGUGGUUUCGCUGCUCUAAUGGGCAUGACUAUGAACCAGGAUCAAAACAGAAUGGCCUCAGAUGCCGAGCGUGCCAGGAAGGAUCUUGAGUCCACAGAGAAGCACCAUUCACGCGACUCUCCUGUAUCUCCACCGAAUGGCGCACGUGCACUCGAACGAAAUGAGAAGAAUGUGACCAUCCCAAGUUACGCAUUCGAGGGUGUUGAGGAGCUGGCCGAUAAGACACCCAGGCCGAAAGUCCAGAAAAGACACAGUAGCGGCAAAUGGUCACCUAGCAUCAGUUCUCCUCUCAGGACCGAGACGACGUAUGACGACUACAUAAACGCCCGCACCAUUCCCGAUCCUUCCAGAUAUCAAACGAUGGUCGAGGCCCCAAAGGUUCCCACCGCAGCGCCGUUCACGAUGGCGCAUGAUCCAGUCACCGCUCGUAACGUAACCGACUCUGGGUACUAUGCUCCCGACGACGUGCCGAGCCGGGCGGGCAACGAUAAAGAAUCGAAUGGAUUCUAUCCCGCAGACUUCAACGAGGAGGCAAAGGACAGGCACUCACGAAACGAUCGCGACCAGGAUGUCGAUGACAGAUACGAUGAUGACUUCGACGACAGACCACGCAGGUACGAUGAUGACGAUGUGGGCUCAAUCGCUUCUCUGAGCUACAAGUACGACGACCCCGAUCGCGAGGAGAGACGCCGCAGACGUCGCGAAGCCAAGUCCGAGACACGUGAGAAAAGCCACGACCGCGGUUACGAUCUUGAAGAGGGUGGAGAACGGAGGCGAAGACAUCGCCAUCAUGAGGCUGAUGAGGGCGCUGACGACUGGGACACGAAAUCCGCCAUCUCCGAGACUGGCGAGCGACGACGCAAGCACAGGAGAAGGGAUGGCGACAGAGACGCAUCACCCGAGACCAAGACUAGAUCACGCUCCACAGCAGCUUCCGAACUCGGCGACUACGAUGACGAUCGCAAGUCCUCCCGGAGACGAUCCAAACGAGAUGAUGACAUGGUUUCCGUCGUAUCCUCAAUCCCAGAUCUAGACGAGGAUCGCAGUUCAAGGAGGGAGAAGGAGAAACGUCCAAGUGGCUUCCUGGGCCUUUUCGGCAGCAAGUCGAGGGAGAACUUGAAAGAAGCUUCAAGCAAGUCCUCGAAAUCUAAGGACGACGACGAUGAAGAGCGCAAACAUCGUAGACGGAAGCAUCGGUCGGAUCGCGGUUCUACCUACGGCGGCUCAGACGAUGAUGACAUGCGCUCCACGAUCUCGACCAGUAGUCGACGCGAAAAGAGGAGCAGCCGCAGUCGUAGCGAGAGAGGAGACGGAGACAGGACGGAUGCUUAUGAUGACAAGGAUCUCUUACCACCUCGAACCCCGCCCUCGCAUGCCGAUGAACAGCAACAACCACAACAGCAGUCUUUUUUAGGCGAUCGGGCAGUGACCACAGCCACUCCAAGUCCACUGCCCGUAAGUGAGCCUGUCGAUCAGGCCCACGAGGGUAGUGGCAUAAUCCUUGGAGAUCGGGCCGAGUUUCCUCUUUCGACCUCGGAUGAUGCCCAACGCUUCACCGCCUCUGGAGACAACGACCUACCGCCCGAACUAUCGUUCGAAGACAGCCGCGCGCUUCUAACUCGUCUGACAGGCCUUCAGCCUUGGCAGCUGGAAGCUUUCCCCGAUGAGCUACCUCCGCUGCCGCUGUCUAGGCCAGGUUCACCAACACGUUCGCCAGACGUCACACGUCCUUCGACUGCGAUUUCUCAACGUCGACUAUCUUCAACGGCAGUUCCCAUACGCUUCCGCAAGCCCGUUAUACCCUCUACCGUUGACCCUAGCUUAGCAGCUGAUCCUCUUCCUGGCCCUUCACCAACCCGUUCUCGCCAUGGCAAGACGCACUCCACAGAGUUUAGGAACUCUCGAGAGUUCCGACCUUUGUAUCUGGUGGAGCGCAACCGCAAGUCCAAUGAGAUCGAUGAGGUGUUGCCAGCACUUCCACCCAGUAGUGCUUCUUCAGUAGUCUCUGGCGCGGAUUCAGAAGAAGAGUUUGAGUCUGCUCAAGAGUCACCUUAUGAGAGCGCUGGACAGUCAUCUUAUGACUCAUUUUUCGAUCCUUUGAGUACCGUAGCCGACCUCAUUGCGCCCAGCCAUGGACCGGAGGUUCAGCAUCCCGAGCUUGCCCAUCGCGAGAUUGAAGAGGUCGAAGAAUCUGGCCAAGCUACACCCAAGGCCUCUGACUACUUCACAGGUGCGCAGGAAGCGUCGGCACCGUCUAGCGGUCCAAACUAUGAAUCGCUUACUGCGGCACUGGAGCAUGCCAGAGCACAGGAACAGGAUUCGUCCACCGACGAUUUCAUGUCGACUUUGACCUCCCCACAGGCGGAGACUCCUCUUGAGACAAGCGCGCCGCUCGACGACAAGAUAAUGCGCGACGUUCCUGAAUCACGCGACACUACUUCUGCCCCAUCGAGCAGCUCAUCGAGACUCCAAGACGCUGCUCUUAGCGCAGUAGUAGGUGGUUUGACAGCAGCUGCUUUGCGAAAACGCUCUCCUUCACCAACUCGAUCUCAGCGCGAUGACACCAAAGACAAGGCUUCGUCCGCUGCUGAGCCAGAGCAACCUGAGCCGGAAACCAUCGAACCUGUUGUCGAACCAUCGCCAAAGGGCAAGGGUAAGGCCAAGAAGACCAAGAAAAGUAAGAAGGGCAAGGAGCCCGUCGCCGCCGAGUCUCCCGUAUCCCCGUCGCCUGUUAUCCCAUCACCCGUAGCUCAAUCACCCGAGGAGAUAAUCAAGCCAUCGCCCUCCUUCAGCUUCGCCACUACGUUUGUUGACAACGAAGAAGAUUGGGUCAAACACAGGACUGAGUCCGUCGUUACGGACGAUGCUACGCUUGUUGGUGAGCCUGUCGGAACGCCCAAGGAUACCAAGGCCUUUCGACAGAAGGUUUUGGACACUACUGCACCAAAAGAGGACGAAUCCACCGAGGUUCGACGCGCCGUCUUUGAUAUCCCUCAAGAAACUGCGAGAUCAAUCGAAUCUGUUGAAGAGGCAAAGCAGGGUCUUGGGAUCACUACCGAACCGGCUGCUACAGCUGUCGAAGUUUCACAAGACGCCCCUGUCGAACCCAGCUCUUCCAAGUCUGCUGAACCCUCAAUUCCUGAGCCGGUCAUCGAGGAGGAAGUUGCGACUACACCCAAGUCCAAGAAGGCGAAGAAGAACAAGAAGGGUAAACGCGGCAACAAGCAAGCUGAGCCCGAACCCGAGCUCGAACCUGCAGCUCUACCGGAAGUUCCUACGCAAGAUGACCAGGUCUUGCCUUCGUCAGAGUCGCAACAAGACACCAUUGAACGUGAUAUCCUCGAGCCAUCUUUCGAACGCGAAGAGCCCAAGGACAAGGUUGAUGUCAUGGAUUUCUUGGUUCAAGAAGAAGUACCAGCCACUUCGACUGAUGAAGCAGUUUCGCAAGAGGCGGUGCCUGCACCUACUGCUCCAGCAGUCCCCGAAGAACCACCAGCUCCCUCGACCGACGAAGCAGUCCAGCAAGCGACAGAGCCUGUACCCAUUACUCCAGCAAACCCCGAAGAGCCCAAGUCGGAAGUUACAGCUGGGCCUGCCACACCAGAGGUUCCAGCUCGGCCUAGCACAGCUGACGGCGCCGAACAAGCCAAGAACACUCCCGUCGAAGAAAACCGCCGAGCCUCUGGGAUCGAAGGGCAAUCGGCAGGUUCAGGCUGGGGUUCCGGCCUGUGGGGUGCUAUUGGAUGGGGCAAGAAGAAGGCCCCGCCGCCGCCAACAUCCGAGCCUCCGUCUUCUCCGAAGCCCCAAUCUGCCGUCCUCGCCGCACUAGCUGCAGCCAGAGAAGAGGCCAAGCGCAAGUCACAACCAUCCUCACCAACUGUGUCUGAGAGGAAGAGUUCCAAGUCUGAGAAGAGGCCUUCCAUCUCCCGAGUGAAGACGCAGGAUGAGACGUCAAAGCCGGAGUUGCUGCAGAAGAUUGAGUCUAGGAGAUCGUCUGUUCCUACACAGCGACCUACUGAGGCUACGACCCGCGAAAUUGUCAAGGAAGAAGCUAGCUCGAGCACCACAGCUCCCACUGCGAUCUUCACUGAUGAUGGCAAACCCUCUUUCGCAUUCCCUCAGGCUUCCACGGCGCCUCAACAACUAUCUAUCGAGACUCCCAAGGAGGCUCCUGUCGUUGAAGAGAAGGCUACAAAGCAAUCUGAGGAUGCCACUCCAUCUACUGCCUUCUUCACUGACGACGGCAAGCCGUCUUUCACGUUCCCACCAGUAUCCACCAAGCCUGCAGCUGAGCCAACGACCGAGCCUGAAGAGGCACCUGUUGCCAAAGAGGAAAAGAGCCCUGCUUUUGUGUCCCCGCGUACCGCAUUCUUCACCGACAACGGCAAACCAUCGUUCACAUUCCCGAAGACGUCACCCGCCCCCGCGGUUGAAUCAAGCGUCGUAUCUAGAGAAGUUCCAGUCGCGAAUGAUACACCAGCUCCUGUUGAUGUCUCGCCACGCAAUGCUUUCUUCACAGAUGAUGGGAAGCCUUCGUUUUCGUUCCCUUCGAUCCCAUCUACGACUACCGAACAAGCUCCUUCGGUCGCAAAGGAAGCAGAGGUUGUGGAAGAGCAGAAGAAGCCAGCGUUUGUUGCGCCACGGAGCACAUUCUUCACUGAUGAUGGAAGACCUUCAUUUGCAUUCCCAUCAGUGCCAAAGUCUACUGAGCAAACUGCCUCAACUGCCGAUGAAAACGCCCCUGCGAAGACAAAAGAGCCAGCCACUUUCGUUGCACCUCAGACCAGUUUCUUUACCGAUAAUGGUAAGCCUUCGUUCACGUUCCCAUCAGUGGCAGCACCCGCCCAGCCCUCGGCAACGGUCAGCAAAGACACCAUCGUCGAAGAGAAGCCUGCUGAGCAAUUGUCUCUUGGCCGAAGUGGCCUGUUCACUGAUGCUGGAAAGCCCACUAGCACGAUCUCUGACUUCGUCCCGACCGAGUCUGGCGGUUCAGCUUACGACCGUAUCUCGGUUGAACCCAGCUCGUCAAAGAAGAAGAUCAUCAAGACCAAGAAGGAGAAGAAGGCGAAGAAGAGCAGCGUACCGAUUCCCGAUUUCGAUGAGCCUGCAGCCGACGCUGCCAAGUCCGUCGAUGCUCCAGUUGACGCGGCGGCAAAGGAUCUGGGCGACCAGGUGACCGCUGAGCCUGUCAAGCCUGAACCUGAAACAGCCAAACCUGCUGAGACGCCUUUGGAAUCUGCGAUAGAGGCUUGGGGCGAACAGCUAGUAUCUGAGCCAACUCCUCUGACUGAAGAGCCGCCUAUCGUUGAUUCUGCCGAAAGUACCGUCAAGCCCGAGCAACCAGUUACUACAGAGCCAAUUACCAUCGCCGAAGAUGAAGUCACGUCACCUGUCAGCAAGAAGAAGGCCAAGAAGAGCAAGAAGAACAAGAAGGCUGAACUCGAAAGCACUGAGGUUGAGACCGCAGCCCCAACAACCCCAAUCGAAUCUGCUGCUGAACGUUCGCUGGACGCUCCCACAAGCGAAUCUACACCUGUCACCGAGACUGUUGCUGAGCCGGCAUUCGCAGAGGUCGUGCAAGAGAAGAUCGUGCCCUCUAACACGGAGGCUGCAGAGCUUGUAUCCGAGCUUGCACCGACUCUUGAAGAGCCUUCCCGUGAAGAACCCUCUCUGUCUCUCGAUGUGGCCACACCAGCAGAGCGUGAAGCACCAGUUGAGUCCUCGCCUUCUGUUCAAGACGAUGCGCCAAAGACAAAGAAGAGCAAGAAGAGUAAGAAGAAGAGCGGUAUCUCCACGCCUCAGGAGGAGCCUAUGACUGCUACCGAGCCAUCUUCUGUUACAGCUUCUGAGUCUAUCGCCGACCAGCCGACUUCCGUUCCGGACGUUAUCCACCCUCCUGUUGUCGAGGCCUUUGACAUUCCUUUGCCUGCGGAGCAACCCGAUGAAGACCUCACACAGCCUCUCGAAGAGGCACUCCCCAGAGAUGCCCCUGCCGAGCAGGAGCCAAUUCCCGAGCCCUCUUCUGCACCUGUAGAAGCUGAGCUUCCUGCUACACCGAAGACCAAAAAGGGCAAGAAGAGCAAGCGGAAGAGCGGCACUGUGACACCCCAGCCUGAGGCCGAAGUUGUACCUGAGCAGUCCGAGGCACCCCUCGAGACAUCUGCCCCGAUCAGCGAACCAGUCGCAACUCCAAGCGAAGUAGUUGAUCGAUCCCGCGACAUCGAGCUACCUUCAUCGGCCGAGCAAGUUGCCGCUGUAGAGACCUCUCUACUCGAGCAGAAGCGUGACGACGGAGCGGAUGCCGCGACUGUCCCUCUCCCAACAGAGAGCUUCGAUGAAGAUCUCUCAACACCAUUGGAGCAGCCGAAGUCUGUGGACGAGGUUACUCCUUCUGUUGAGCAGAAGGUGGAGGAGGAUCCAUCGACACCUACUUCGAAGAAAGACAAGAAGAAGAAGGGAAAGAAGAGCAAGACUGUCGAGGCGCCUGUGGAGGAGGUUGUGGGUCAAGAGGAGGAGAGCAAGAGCAGGGAGAUUGGUCAAGGGGAGGGGCUCUUCGGUGCGGAGACAUCAGUCAAGGACAAUGUUGAUGCGAAGGAUACGGCUACCGAGGAGACUGGAUCAGUUUUACCUCGAGAGCAGCUACAGUCAGACAUUGCGGAGCGUGCGAACGAGAGCUCUGCGCCAGCUGAACCAACUCGACUCGAGCCCCUGUCUGAGACUCCUAUCGUCCCAACAGAAGAUGCACCAAUCGCCGAGCUAAGUCAGCCUGCAGAUCUAGUGGUCGAUGAUGUUACCGAGGUCCCAUCUUCUUCUAAGAAAGACAAGAAAAAGAAGAAGAGCAAGAAGGCGAAGGCCGAUGAGGAGACUCUGGCUACCCCAACCACCGAUAUUGAAGCUGAGGCCGGCACUGAAACUCUGCCCCAACCGCAACAACAACCCGAGUCGCUCCAGGAGGCAUCGACCGAUGUCACCCCUGCACCCGCUGCGGUCGGCGUUGAAGCAACACCCGAGAUCGUCGAAAGGCAGAUUCCCACGGACGCUCCAAUUCCUGCCCAAGAAGUUCCGGUCGAAGAGUCACAGCAGCCUGCGACAACAUUGGAGGAAGAGCCUUCUACGCCAUCAAAGAAGUCCAAGAAGAAGAAGGCCAAGAAGGGGAAAUCCGUCGAGAUUGAACCCACGUCUUCAGACCUAGCCGAUGUGCAGACAGAGACCCAACCUUCUACCGAAGCCGCUGGACCUGAAUCUGAGUCAAUUGAGGAUGCCGCACUCGCUGGAUUUUCCAAGCCAUUUCAAGAGGCUCAGACUGAGACUGAAGCAAUCGCAGCAGACCGAGCGAUCGAAGUCGCGCCUGAGGUUCCUGUAGAGUCAGUCGCCGGAGCAGAGGCGGUGCCUCUUCCCGAGACGCCGGCCCGCGAGAUCGAUGAGCCCAUCGCGGAGGUUUCUCAGCCUUCGGUGCUUGCCGAAAAUGUUCCACCAAAGUCAUUGCAAGAGGUUUCAACCACCGAGGCAGAAGCAGUACCGCUUCCAGAGACGCCAGCCCGAGAGAUCGACGAGCCGAUCGCGGAUGAUCUGCUUGCGACGCUAUCUAAGAAGAGCAAGAAGAAGAAGGCUAAGAAGGGCAAGUCGGCUGACACCGAGCCAAGCACGCCUGUCACUGAAGUAACUUCUUCUCAACCAGACCCGUUCGCGGAAUCUGCUCAACCUGAGGUGCCCACAGCUGAGACUAUUCCAUCGGUGCCAGUUGAGACUUCCAAGCCAGAGCGCGAGACUCCAUCGGCUGAGCUUGUCGCUCUUCCCGAGACCGACGACAAGGAUUUGGAAGAGCAGAGAAUACCUCAAGUUGAGGCCGCGAAGUCACAAGAAGAAGCAUCGCCAGCUGAGCUCGUAGCUCUUCCUGAAACCGACGACAAAGACCUCGACGAGCCUGCAAUUCCCCAAGUCAAGGCUGCGGAGAACGUUCCUGCUGUUUCUGAAGUCGUUACUGACAUCUCUGAUAAGGUGGAUACCACACAGCCAGAGCGCAGCCAAGACCUCGACGUUCCUGUGGCUCCCGCUGAGCCUGUCGCCGAAGCCGAACCAGCUGAGCCAAUCUCGAAGAAGAGCAAGAAGAAGAAGAGUAAGAAAGGCAAAUCCAUCGACACUACUGAGCCCAGCACACCGGUUACUGAGGAGCCAGCACCACAGUUCGACGUCCCUUCUGAGACUGUUCAAGAGGAGAAACGUAUUGAAGAUACUUUGCUGCCUUCGCAGGAACCGACUCGCACAGUCGUUGACACCAAUGUGCCUGCACUCAUCCAGGAGAGCGUUGCGGACGUUCCAUCCGCGCAGCAGGAUACGCCCAUUGAAGAAGCUUCGGUUGCGCCUACCCUUUCCAGCCAAGACAUCGAGAAUGAGGGCGCCGAGCCUGUCUCGAAGAAGGGCAAGAAGAAGGCAAAGAAGGAGAAAGCCAACCAAGAGGCUGAGGUUGAGCAAACCUCAACAACUCCUUUGCCUGAACCUUCCGCAGUGCAUACUACCACCGAUGCCAACCUUGAUGUAGCUGCACCCGAGACCACUGAGCAACGCCAUACUGUGGAACCUUCAGAGAUCGAGCCCAACGUCAUCGACUCAGCUCCCAAUGUUGCUACCACGGUAACAUCUCCCGAGACUACGGAGCGUCCACUCGACGACGUACCAUCGACGGAGAGUACACUGCCCGAGACUUCACAAGUUCAAGACCAGGCUGAGGCCGAAGAUGCUCCCAGUACACCCAAGAAGAGCAAGAAGAAGAAGAAGGGCAAGAAGGAAGAGUUCGCCUCCGAGCCUCGAACUCCCGUUACCGAGUCUGAGCCAGUCUUUCCGGAGACCACUGUUCAAGAAGCGCUUCCAUCUACCGCUGCGACUACCGAAGAAUCGGUUAGUCGGGAUGUUGCACCCGAGCCUACUGCCGAAGUUCUGCCUACGCCUGUCGAGACCUCUACCACUGAGCAAGACGUUCCCGCUCCUACAGAGCCAGCGCAGGUUGAGGAAGUGGUUCAGGCGAUCGAUCUUGAGCCAGCACGUAAUGAAUCUGUCCCAGAGCAAGCCACCGAGGAAGCGACACCACUCUCAAAGAAAGACAAGAAGAAGGCCAAGAAAUCCAAGAAGGCUGAAGUUGAGAGUGAGAUGCCCGAGAUAUCUUCUGCGCCAGUCGAGACUGUCUCGAGGACCGUUGGUGAGCCAACUCGCGAGGAACAAGUUUCGCCAAUUGUCCAAGAGACACCCAUCGACGAACCCGUCGUUGAGACGCAGAUCGUUCCCGAGGCUACAUCCCCAAGAUCGAUGCCAGUGGUCACCGCAGGCCAAGACGAUGUACUUCCAAGCAUUCCCCUAGCUGAAGACGCCGCUGUCACCACUUCGACCGAUACCGCGCCUGCAACUGCAGCGCAAGAUGAAGUCACAGUAGUCGAGAACGAGGACGUUGCGCCUGCGACUGAACAGCAUGAGGAGGAGUCUACUUCCAAGAAGAGCAAGAAGAAGGCUAAGAAGGCUAAGCGUGCUUCCAUCGCCGAAGAGCCUACUGUUCCUUCUAUUCCUGAAGCGACAACCGAGGAGAAGGACACUAUCCAACCUGAGCAAGCAGCGACUGUACCUGAACCUGCUGCGGACCCGACACCUGUGCCCAUAAUUGUUUCUGAUACCGUCCCUGAGACCGCCACAGCCGAGGAGCUUGUUUCUGACACUACACCCGCGCCGGAAGUGUCCGUGGAGCGCGAAGCGACUGUCGAUACCACAGCCCCAUCCGUUGCCGAGGCGUCGGUUCAAGAGAAAGAGGAUGCUUCAGUCCCUGACAAGCCGACAGCUGAGUCCAAGCCGACCGAGGAGACGCUGACUACUGAUGCACCCGUACCCGAGAUCACUGAGGAAGCGGCCGCUCCACUCUCGAAGAAGGACAAAAAGAAGGCCAAGAAGGCGAAGCGCGUUUCGAUCGCCGAGGAAUCAACUUCUAUCCCAUCAACCCCCAUCGAAGAGAAGACUGAGCCAGUCUUGGAAGAGCCUACAUCUUCAGCUACAGAGGUACCCGCCUCGGAAGUCCCCGUUGUGGAAGAGGUGCCAAGCACUUUGUCCGACGUUACCGAAGACACUUCAUCUCACCCUACGCCUGCCGAACAGCUCAUUGCUACCCCCGAACCCGCUUCUGAAGAACUCACUCAAGUUGAGGCUGUGCCAGAGAUCACCAGCCCGGUCUCGAAGAAGGACAAGAAGAAGUCGAAGAAGUCAAAGCGCGAAUCGAUUGCGGAGGCGGAGACGGAGACUCAAGUGGAGACACCAGCAGAAAGGUCAUUAGAGCGCGCUCUUGAUGACGCUACUGACAUUGCUACUCCGGUUCUUGAGCAGCAGCCCGACGAAGCCACAUCAACGGAGCCUACUGCAACUCCCGUGAUUGUUGAGGAGCCAAGCAAGAGCGACGUGUCUUCUGCCGUUCCAGUCGAAGAAGAGCAAUUUCCAGCGACCACAGUUGUAGAAGAGCAGCCAUCUGAGGUAGUGGCUUCCGAGCCAGUCUCUGUCACCAUUCCGACCGAGACUUCGGCAGAGGAGCCCGUAGCGACAUCUUCGACCAUCGAUGAACCAACCACACCUUCCAAGAAAGACAAGAAGGCGAAGAAGAGCAAGCGCGGAUCAGUCGCCGAGGUCGAGCCAUCUCUUCCUUCCACUCCGGUUGAUGAACCCACUAGAGAGCUUUCGGAAGCAGUGAAAGACAUUCCCACUGCUGAACAAGAGCCUACAGCACCAGCCGUCGAGCAGGAAGAGCAAUCGAACCUUGCUCCUACUGUUUCCGAAGAUACAUUAGCCUCCACUCCUGCUGUUGACCAGAUCGUCACGGAACCCACGGAAGAAGAGGAUACGUCGUCGAAGUCGAAGAAAGACAAGAAGAAGGCGAAGAAAGCAGCCAAAAAGGCCGAGGCUGAGUCUUCUGAGCCUACCAUCUUCGCUGAGCCUUCGAUUGAAGCAGUGGAACCCACUUCCACAGAGCAGCCUUCCUCGGUGGUGCCUGAUGCAACAACUACGAUCACCACCAUCGACGAGGCCCCGCGCACGCAUGUUGAUGAUUUGAUCGCCCCAGUUACAGUCGCCACUGAGGACAACGAGAGCAAGGAGCCAGCUACCGGCCGCGAUGUGAACGACUCUACCAAGAAUGAACAGCUCAGCAUUGCGCCUACAGCUGACAACGCGGUCGAGACCACCACAUCAGACGCACAGGCUAUUCCCAGCACUACUGCCACCUCUACAGAUGUCCAGCCGGACGACGAGCAAGAACCAGAGGAACGGGCUGGGCUAUCGAAGUCGCAAAAGAAGAAGCUGAAGAAAGCCAAACGCACGUCCGUUGCUGAGGUAGAACCAUCCCGGCCAGCCACACCUGCAGAAGAUUUGUCAAAGGUUCUUUCUGCCGAGCCUCAGUCAUCUGUUCCCGAAGUGGUUAAGGAGACCACUACUGAGCAAUUACCCCAGGCGGAUGAACCCCGUGCCCUGCCAGUCGCGGAACCUAUCAGCGAGGCGAAGCAGGCUGAAGCAUACCCCGAGCAGCCCACCGCAACUUCGGAGCCAACAACCACUUCAACCCCAGCUGAAGACCCUGCACCAACUACUGCUACACCAGACCCGUCACCAGGCGAUCCCAAGCCGCCAGACAGAGAGCUCGAAGCGCCUUCGUCCCCUUCCUCCUCCAAGAAGGACAAGAAGAAGGCCAAGAAGCAAGCUAAGAAGGCAACACCUGCGGAGCCUUUUUUAGCAGAUGAGACGCCUGAGGCAGCCAACUCUGAUACUCAGCCGUCUCUGUCGAUUCCUACACUUUCGGAGACCCAACUACCUUUCUCGGGGAUACCGACACAAUAUCCCCAAUCUUUUACGAAUAACGAGCUUGUUGAUGAUUUUGAUGAUAAGAAGGAGGUGGAGAUUGAUGAUGCGAGGGAGGAGAGGGAACGUGAGGAGGAGAAGAAGGAUGUCAAGAGGAAGGCAGUGGAGAGAGGAGUUGAGGAAGAGCAGGAGAAGAAGCUAGAGGAGGUGGUUGCCGAGGCUGAACAGCGUGGAGAGCCUUCGGUCGUAGUCGAAGAGUUGCCAGUGCAGACUGCAACGGAGGCCGUCGCUGCUGAAGAGAAUCCAACCGAAGUAAAACAGUCCGUCGAAUCGACCGCGGCGCAAGAGCCUACAACUGCCGUUGCAGACGUCGCCGAGAAGGACAUCAAGGAGCAAGCACCUAUUGUGGAAGACCUUGCGUCUGAGACAAUCAUCCCAGUCGAUUCCGCCGUUACUGAGCCAUCUGUGUCUCUGGAAGCCGACUCAGCGCCCACACUGGAAGACCCAAUUCCAGUGGAGACACCCCAAGAGCCCACACCUACUCCGAUGCUCGCUGAAGAGGACCGCCCGACUGCUCUGCCGCAACAAGAAGAGCUCAAGGAAGUUGUGGAAGAAGCUUCUCAGACACCAGUGGCACAACCGACUCGUUCACUCGGCGAAGCUGAUGACUCGGCCACCCCUUCUAAGAAGAAAAAGAAGAACAAGAAGGGCAAGCGCGCGUCCACACUAGACGAACAAGAGCAAGCCACCAGCGUUCCUGAGCCUGAGCGCGACACUGCGGACAAGCCAAGUGAAGACAUUACGGUUGCAGAACCCAAGGAACCAGUGGCUUCUGCAGUUGAGGAUGUCAAGUCCAUAGAAGAUUUCGCAACCGUUCGAGACAUUGAGAUUGCGCGUCCUUCCGAGCCUCAAGCGGAUACAACGCCUGUCGUCGAAGAAGCUGCCCUGCCCAAGGACGAACACGCUACGCCUGAUGUCCAAGAGCAUGUGUCUGUUUCGGUCACGACAGACGAGCGCCAGGAUUCAACCACACAGCCCGAGACUCCCGCUUCUUUGCCUGGGGUUACCGAAGAAACGACCAUCGCGGAGCCUGUGCCCCAAGAUGUUGAACGUACCGUUGAAAACAUCGAAGAGCCCGCCAUUGUCGUUCCGGAAGUGGGGCAAAUUCUGACACCAACAAUCGAGGAGCCGACCUCUUCCAAGAAAAGCAAAAAGAAGAGCAAGAAGGCCAAGCAGGCGUCGUCUAUCGAGACCAUUCCUGAAGUCCAGUCUUCCCAGCCAGAGGAGCUGCCAUCCGUUCACGUUGCGCCAAGCCCGCUGGCGCCUGAACCAGUCAACGAAUCAGAAGUGUCACGCGAGGUCACGGUUCCUGAACAGGUCGAGGAUGUUCAACCAGCAGUUCCGACAACAGACAACAAGACAACCGCCCCGGAAGAGCCGACCUCGAAGCCUGUCGAAGAGGCGCAGCAGCCUCCGCUACCAAGCACCGAACGUGACGCGCCCACUGAGGUUCCAGAAAUCGUAUCCGAGCCUCCAACGACAACACAGCUUGAGCCAACAACUUCCGAUGCCCUUCAACCGCCAACGGAAGAGCUUCCCGUACCUUCGCUCUCGAAGAAAGACAAGAAGAAGAGCAAGAAGGCCAAGAAACAGUCUCAAGCGGAAGAAGUCGUGGAGGAGACCACUCCUGAUGCACCUCGAAAUGUUACUACGGAGGCCGCGCCUACUCCGGUCAUUGAAGAAGUUGCCGAGGCGGUCGUCGAGCCAAUUGUUGAGCCGGUCGUGGAAUCGGUGGCCGAGCGAGCCAUUGAACCAGCCACCGAGACAACGCCGGUCAUUGAGUCCACAUCAGUUGAAGAUGCAUCCGCACCAAAGCCUGAGGAUAUGUCAUUCGUUCCAGAGACUACCGUCAACGAGCCGAUGACGUCUGACAAUGCACCAGUGCCUGUCACCGAAGACACCCGCGAAUCUUCAGAGCUUGCGGAAUCAAUGCUUGAACAAGAAGUGAUCUCCAAGCCUGUAGAAGACGCCGCUCAGGUACCGCUGCCUGAAGAUAGCAUCAUCAGCCCACCAGCCGAGACAGUCGGGGAGGAGUUUGUUGGCCCAAUCCAGCCUGAGACCACAUCAGGUGCCCAAUUCGAGCAACUUCCAACCCCAAUCAUAGAGCCAGAGGCUCCACUCGAGAUCGCUGAUGCCGCAUCGUUGUCCAAGAAAGACAAGAAGAAGGCCAAGAAGGCGAAAUCGAAGGCUUCUGACGCUGUCACGCCUGUCAAUGAAGUCGCAGUAGAGCCCGAGGUCGCAAUUGUCCAAGAUGUUGGCGCUAGCAGCAAUGAGCCAACGACUCGGAAUGUGCCACUUUCUUCGCCUCAGGAAGAUGCUGUGGUUGAGACAAUUGUCUCUAAGAUUGACCAAGAACCUUUACUGGACGAUCGCGCACUUUCUAUGCCCCCAACGGAGGAGACAAAGGAAGAAAACGAGAAGUCCGAUCCUACGCCGCCUCUCGUGGACGCUAUUUCAACGCCCCUGCCUGAUACUGCUCAAGAGCCUAUCAUUGAACGAUCGAUUGAGGAGGUAUCAGCCAUCGAUGCGCCAGUCACUGCGGCGGAAGAGACUCCUGUCACACAGGAAAUCGCAACCGAGAAUCAAAUCGAGGAGACAGUCAGCCAAAAUGUGCCAGACACCACUGUCAUUCCAGCGAUCGUUGAAGAGCGACCUUCCGAUGUACCAACGACGGACGUUGAGCCUCGAGUCGAGGAGCCAGCAUCCCCAUCGGUCUCCAAGAAGAAGAGUAAAAAGAAGGGCAAGAAGUCAGAUGUCACAACGCCAGUUCCCGAAGCCUUGCCUGCAGCAGACUCCGACAACAUCGUUGUCAACACCAAAGAUAUCGCAUUCUCCCAGCCCGAAGUACAAGACCCUGUCGCACCGGUCAUAGACGAGCAGCCGCAGGUUGAAGAGGUCACGAUCCAGCCGGAGAUUCCUGUACUGCCAGAGACCGUCAGUGAAGCACCUGCGACCGAGACUGCACCUACAGUCAACGAACCAGUUUCGGUACCAGGGACGACCGUCGUUGAGGGAGUCAAGAAUGAAUCCGUUACGCAGGAGCCCGUUCUUGAGCGUAAGCUGAGCAAGAAGGAGAGGAAGAAGGCCCAGAAACAGGCCGCUGCUCAGGUCGAGGAAUCCAUCGUUGAGGGCGAGCCAGUCGUGAAACCAGCCACGGAGCCAGCCACGGAAUCUACUAUCGAGCCUGUUGUCGAGUCCACCGUCGAGCCUAUCGUCGAGCCUACCGUCAAGCCAGCGACGGUAGAACCAGCGCCUGCAGUCGAUACCACUACGGUUGAGCGUUUUCAAGAGACUGACCCAGUGGUACGUGAGUCUGUUGUUGAGUCUUCAUCUUCGCGCGAGGUACCAGAACCAACGACAGAGGUUGCCUCUGCGCCAACGAUCGAGCCAUUGCCUCAAGAAGCAACAGUGGAGGACAAAAUUCUUUCCACUCCAAAGAAGAGCAAAAAGGCAAAGAAGGACAAGAAGAGCAAGACGCAAUCUGCUGUUUCUGAUCUCCCAGAGGAGUCUGUCAAAGAAACAUCGAAUCUUCCUGAGCAAGUACAAGCAACGGAAACGUUCGAGACUGAGCCCGCCGCCACGGAGCGACCACAGCCUAUCAGCCUACGGGAUCAGGACACAACGAUCCCGGAGACUGAGCCAAUGACUUCGACGACCGCUCAGAUCGAAGAGACAACAACGGAGUCUGUGAAGACGGAAGAGCCUGUUGUCCAUACCAACAUUACUCCCGAAGUAAUCGAACAGCCUCAAGAGCCGGCUUUCUCACAAGGAAUGGAUGUUGAUAAGCUACCGGAAGAUGUCUCAACAGGCACUACUGAUGUUCAGGACCGUUCUGUCCCCGAAGCUCAUGUGGCCGUUCCCACUGUCGCACCACCGAUCUUUGAAGACUCCGGGCAACAGCCCACUCGGGAGCUGAUGCCAGACGCCUCAGUCGAAGCGUCAGCGGAGCCAACUACCGUAGUGGAGGAGGUCAGGAGCGUCCCAGAAGCACAAUCCGAGAGCAUUGAAGCCCAGCCAGCCAUCUCUGAACCGUCCAUUCCGGAGGUACCUCUUGCAUCAUCUUCAAUCGCCAGAGAACUGCCAUCGGAGAUGCGAUCCGAGCCCGCAACGGAAACAAUCGACUUGAGCAACGAGCAGACACUACCUGAGCCAGUGGAGGAAAGUUCCCUUUCGCGCUCAAUGUUGAAGAAGGCGAAGAAGGCCAAAAACGACCGGAAGUCUCUUGCUGACAACGAGCCUUCUGGACCCGCUACGACUGCCAGUGAAGCCCCUUCAGAAAUCGUCACCGAGACACCCAUUGAGCAAGCCGUCCCUCAGCCAACUAUCACCGAGACCACGAAAGAGUCGGUACAGUCUCCUACGCCAGCAGAAGAGAGUGCGCCAGUCAUUCCAGUAGUCGAGGAGACGCCGGUACCUGCCGUUGCCGAGGCUGCUCCAGAAUACAACUACCGGGGUCUUGAGGAGCAGCAGUCUAUCGAGCCUAUCGACACCACCACAACACAUGAAGAAGCUCGUCAAGUCACUCAUGACGACUCUGUUCCAGCAAGCGCGCUUUCCCCUUCUCUCCGGGCAAUCCAAGAUGAAGCUGCCGAUCUGCGACUCCGUGCAGAGACACUUGAUUCUGAGCUCGCCACACGAAACGACGCUGAUCAGCCCUCCACCAUCGAGCCCGCUUCCAUGUUCGAUAUCGUCAGCAAGUUCACGAAGAAGGACAAGAAGAGGGCGAGAAAGAGCAAGGGCGACACUGACGCUAUGCCGACGACUCCUGCGGCCGAACCUGAGGCUGCGGUUGAGACGAAGGAAGUCGUCGAGACGCCCGCAUCUGCGCCGACCUUGACAGAAGAGCAAGCUGUCGAUAAGAGAGAAGUUGUCGACACACCCGCGGUGACAGAGGAGACCAUUGCGACCGAUGGGCCUUCUCGCAAACUGAGCAAGAAGGAGAAGAAAAGGAAGGGCAAGCAGCCUGCAGUCAAUCCAGUCGAAUCUUCUGAGACAGCAACGCAGUCGAGCGCGCCGAUCGUCGAGUACCCAGAGCCAAUCGCCGAGCAGCCAACAGAGUCACCAUCAGUCGUCACUGAGCCUUCAGCAGAAACUGUCGCGCCAGAGAAAACUCACCAGGCUUCCCGUUCCAUCGAUACUGAGCGAGUAGUACUUGAUGAGCCAGCUGCAGCCGACAUCCCGGCCUCAUUUACCGUCACCCAAGAUCUUCAACAAACACUUGUGGAAGAGGAACUGGUGCCGUCAAGGAAGCUUAGCAAGAAAGACAAGAAAAAGGCUAAGCAAGCUGCCGCGCUAGAAGAUGCAACAGUUUCUCUAUCUGAGGAUGUUCCGUUCUCUACUCCGACUGAGUCUCGGGAAGUAGCUUUGCCUGACUAUGAGGUAGCUACGUCAGUGCCAGCACCUUCCAGUGAGGGUUUCCCUGCGACGAGUGUCGAGGCUUCCAAGGAGGCAGCUGUUGAGGAAGUCCCGGCUAUGACGCCGAGCCAACGUGAGGUGGAGACCCAGGUCGAUACCUCAAUCGUUACACCAGCAGAGGCAACCACGGACAGUCUGCCACCACCAGUCGUCGAGCAACAAGAGCCAAUUCUCGAGGAGCCAUCUAUUCCAUCUCCUAAGCUCAGCAAGAAGGGCAAAAAGAGAGCCAAGCAGGAUACACUCCCCGCACAGGAACCCGAGGCGCCCGUUACGGUAGACGCACCGUUGCCCGAGACCAGUGAGCCCAUCGUGAAGGAGAUACCGCACAUAACCCAAGAGGUAUUCAGGGACACUUUCUCCCAUGGACCAGCGACCGUCGAACGUCCUAUCGCGACGAACAUCAUGGAAGGGGCACCUCGUUCAGAGCCAUCUACUGUGCCACGGUUUGACGCAGAGCCAGAGGUCAAAGUCACCGAAGUCCAGCCCGAACCAACUCCCAUCGACCUUCCCGUCAAGACUUCGAUUACGGAAAGCACCGAGCAGCCUCGCGAACUUCCUGCUGUACAUGAACCAGAACCAGAGUCUGCGAUUGCCCCGACUCUCGUACGCAAAGAGGGUAAGAAAGACAAGAAGGGCAAGAAGCAAGACGUGCUUGCUGAACAGACUCUCACAUCGAGAACCGACGAUGUAGUGGUCUCUGAAGACGUACGAACCGAAGACCGUUCUCUUGACUCGUCAAAGCCUAUGGACCAGCAAGUCACGGCUCCUAUGGACAUCCCAAAUAAGCCCACACAAGACACGACAAUCGCGCCAGUCCUGGAGAAGCAGCCCCGAGAGAUCAUCCCGCCAAGGACUUUUUCAGAAGAGCGUGUAACCGUUGACGCUCCAGCGACCGAAGCCAUCCCCGAGGCCGAGACGACUCCCACGAAGAGUAAGAAGCAAAAGCGCAAGUCGAAGUCUCCGACGACUUCAAGAGAGCCCGCUAGCGUUGCGCCCAUCGUCCCGGUCGAGGAGACCGCCCCUGAACCGACUGUUGCGCGUCAGAUUGUGUACGACAACAGCCAGUCUACGAUCCGAGAACGCAGCCUUUCUCCCAGGAAAAGGCCUACAACACCGUCAACGCCCGGGUCGCCAGUAAUUGGAGCAAUUCUCAGCCAGCCGAAGAGGGAACACGUCAGGUCCAUGUCCAACGUCUCUAUCCCUGAUCUCCACGUAAGAGCCAGCGAAUCCGAUAGCACUACUCAGCACCCUUUGUUGCACAAGAAGUCAUCCAAGAAACACAAGUUGGCAGCUUUAUUUGAGCGCGGCAAAUCGCCUGAUGGUGCUCCUGCGGAACGAGGUCUGCGAAAAGAAGGAUCUGGCAGUGUCAGAAACCUCGCCGAACAAUACGAGAGUCAAUCACGAUCUGUCACGCCCAUUCUACCUCCGUCUCCCGAAAAGCGUUACCUGUCUCGAUCUCCAUCGCCUGAGAAGCGCCAACUCCAUUCUCGAGUUGCAUCUCGUAGUCAACUUGGCUUAGUGUCACCAGUGCGAUCAGAUUCGAAGUCGCCCGCAAGAGAUAUAGACUUCGCAGCUACUGUCGCCGCCAGUUUGCAAGAGUCUGGUUUUGAUCCUGGAUACGUCAUUAACGACAGAGCUUUCCAUCGCUCGAACUCCAUAUCAGGAGCUCGCGAUAUCACGCCUGAUGAUGAUAUUGCCGCUGCAAAGGAAAGAGCCGGCAGAUCAAGACUCGGUAGCUUGAGUCGCUCAUCAUCAGUCUCCGGCUCGCCAAAGCUACGACCACUUCAGCCUAGCGGACCCGAAGUUCUGCCACCCAUCGAAGUAGCAAUGGCAACGACUGACACUGCAUCGUUCGACCCACUGGAUGUGCUCAACGACCCCGCUUUUGCAACGCGAAAGUCACCUCCUGGUGUUCUUGAAGAAGCUGACCCUGAUGAGUUGGCCGGGUCGUCAAGUUUGAGAAGGAACAAGAGCAAGAAGAAGCGUCACCCGAUACCAGAAAUUCCAGUGGAAUCUGAACACACUCGCGAAGAAGCAGACGCUUCAGUUGCGCCGAUUGUUCGAGGCAAGAAGUCAAAGAAGGACGAAGAAGGAGCUCCACGUCCGCAAGACCGUGUUGAGUAUACAGCUGCAGAGACUCCGGCGAUCGAGGCUCAUCGAGAUGUGCCUCUCGCUGUUGAGACUCCAGCUGACUCCACAGUCCGCGGAAUUGAGCCUGCUCAGUCCGUGCCUCGCGCGCCAAACUCCACCGAUGUCCUUCCGGAGAUGCCAAUGCAAACAACGGGUUUGGAAGCCAAGUCUAUCGACGUCAAAGAGGAAGAUUCAAACAGACAAGACACGAUAGCGAGGAAGGAGAGGCCCAGGAAGUCAGCGAAGGACACCAAACCUGCAGCCACUGACGAUGUGCCCGUACUGCCCGUGACAUUCGAUCAGGAAGCCCGUUCACUGACCGCUGGAGAGCCGAAGGAAUAUCCAUUUCCACAGGUGACGCAAGAAAAGGAGAUCGAGAGGAAAGAGGAGACGCGCAGGCGGGAGUUGGAGAAAGAGAGGGAUAUGGAUGCAUGGGCUCCAUCGCCAAGAAAGAAGAGCAAAAAGAGCAGGAAGACUGAAGAGAGGGUUGAGGGAGAGUCGAGCACCGCGUCGAGGGACGCACCACCAGCCGAGACACCAGCUGCCGUUCCUGAAGUUCAUAAGCGCAGGACACACCCUGUAUCCUUUGACGAUGAGCAGCCGGACGAGAAGCGCCUACACACAUUGGAGUCCACACAAGAGCCUCAAUUCACCACUGAGAAAACAGCAUCAUCAGCGCAUGUUGUCGCACCAGAACGCUCACACUCCGACAAGCGCUCCAAAGAAGCCAAAUCAUCAACGCAUGGUGCAGCACCAGCCAACGAGCCAUCAUGGUCAUUCGCCGAAGUUCGAGACGACAGCAGUCGGGACCCCGCCACUGCACAGUCAGCACAGCCAGUCGAGAAGGCAACACGUACGCUGAGGCGGUCGAAGGAACCGAAGACUCCUCUGGGUGCAUCAAAACGCUCAAUUGCAACUGACCAAGAUGCCGAAGACAGCCCUGCUUUGCCAACACACCCAGUGAUUUCUGGCGCGACAACCCCAGGCACCGACUUUGCGACGAAGGAGCGAACCUCGUAUCUUUUCGAUUCCUCGCCAUCAACACGCGCCUAUGGCACUUCACCAGCAGUUGGGCCGCAAACACCCGCUCAUGAUACUCAGAGAAUUGAUGAUACUCCGUCGAAAGACAAAGGCAAGAAACCACGCACAGAGUCGCAGCACGGUCGAACAUCGCCUACGAAGCAGAUUGCACAGAAGGAGCCAUACCAAUCCUUGUUUGGAGAUCCAAAUGAGAAGAAGGGUGAGACCCUUUCCACGCCUGUCGCGAAGCUCGAACGCACGCCAGGCACCAAGCAACUCGAGUCCAUUGAGGAAGUCAGCCCGGAUGACACUAAGCACAAGAAGUCACGAUCCAUCGCUGAUGUCGGCGCGCCAGAGCGAGGACUCAAGUCAGCUCGUCGCACCGAGAGUCUCAGGCAACUUUCUGAUCGCCUGAGAUCACCUCCGCCCAGCACGCCAACGCCCACGGGUCGUCGAAGUGUGGCAUCCAUGGCAGACAACUCGGGUGGAAGAGAUUCACCAUGGUCACAGGUCAACGACAGCGUUGACCGAACCAUGACCCUCAGCCCCGCACGCCGCAUGCCUCGCUCAUCUCCGAGCGCAGACCCGUUGAAGCAGUACAUUGCUGAGCAGCGGUCGCCCAGUGUCCAAAGUCAGCGUUCUCUGAGCAACAUCGCGAGGCUUAGGUCUCCGGAUCAGGAACGUCCUAUGAGCUCUAUGAGCAACAUCAGCACACGUUCGGAUCGGUCGUUGAGAAGAGUGGACCGGCAAACGUCAGGUGACCUCAGAUCAGCCUCGAGGCUUGGCGAGGCCAGUGCGCAAGACGCUAAGAGCGCGCAACCCAAUCUCUCCAGCACGGCGCUCGCGGCUGGAGCAGCAGCCAUCGCAGGUAUCGCCGCCCCACCGGUUUACGACCCAGUCCGGGGUACAGGUAGAGGUCGCCGUACCAGUAUGGCCGAAACCUUUGUAAGUAGUUCGCAGUUGUUGCGCACGUCGCUUCUGAUUACUGACUGUCUUUUGCAGGAAGCAUGGGGUGAAGCCCAAAGGUCGCCUAGCUCGCCCUCACGUCCACCAAGCGUGCGCAAACGUCAAAGCAUGCAAAUUAUGGACCUCCAGACGCAACUUGACCAGCUAGCUGCGCAAAACUCAGCUGUCGAGACCGCCAAAGCCAAGGCUGAGGAGGCUUUGCAGGCUGCACAACACCAGCGCCAAGUUGACGAGCAGUUGGUACUUGAAGAAGUAGAAGCACGUGACCGUCAGAUUCACCAAAGAGAUAUCGACAUUGCGCAACUCAAGGAUACGCUUCAGCGACUACAAGAAGAGAUUGCGCGCCUGAAUCAACUCAACAACGCACUAACAGACGCCAAUCGCAACCUGACCAACGAUGCCAAUGAACGAUAUGGCCAACUCCAGUCCGAGGGACAGAUGGUGCAUGAGCAAUGGCAGGCAUCACAACGAGAGCUAGAGAGCCUUCGCAGUCAAUACGCUCAGCUUCAGGCUGAAGGCCAGGCCAUGCAACAGCAAUGGCAAACAUCACAACGAGACUUGGAGGAACUUCGUCGUCAGCAUACCCAGAUGCAGCGAGGUCUCGCAGAUGCCGUCCGCGAUGAAGUUGGCGAAGCACUAGAUGAGCGCAAUGCCGAAAUCGACCGUCUAACCGCAGAGCUGGCGACUGCACGCGAACAGAUCAAGAACCUUCAAAAGCAGAUCUUGGCUUCGAAGAAGCCUAGUGAGAGCUUCCUCACUGUUCGCGAUGAAGACUACUUUGACAGCGCCUGUCAACAACUGUGUCAACAUGUACAGCAGUGGGUGCUGCGCUUCUCCAAGUUCUCUGACACUCGCGCAUGCCGCCUUUCAUCAGAGGUCGCAGCUGAUACACGACUGGAUGCAUCAACGCGUCAGAAAAUCGACACUCGCCUUGACAAUGCCAUUCUCGAUGGCUCAGAUGUCGAUUCACUCUUAGCGGACCGUGUCAAGCGCCGAGACGUCUUCAUGUCCGUGGUUAUGACCAUGAUCUGGGAGUACGUCUUCACCAGGUACCUAUUCGGUAUGGACCGAGAACAGCGCCAGAAACUCAAGGCGCUGGAGAAGACACUUUCAGAAGUCGGCCCACCACGCGCUGUGGCACAAUGGCGAGCUAUCACACUUACCCUUCUUGCGAGAAGAGAGCCUUUCAUGCAGCAGCGCGCUCAGGACACUGAAGCUGUGGUGCACGAGAUCUACAGCACACUCUCGACACUUCUUCCACCACCAUCGCAUCUGCAGCGCCAGAUCCAGGAGUCGUUGCGCAACGUGAUGCGCUUGGCAGUGGAGCUAUCAAUUGAGAUGCGCACGCAACGCGCGGAAUACAUCAUGCUGCCGCCGCUACAACCCGAGUACGAUACCAAGGGCGACCUCGUGGCCAAGGUUACUUUCAACGCCUCGCUCAUGAACGAACGGUCAGGUGAGACGACGUCAAAUGACGAACUCCAAGCCCGUGGGUCGGUAGUCAAAAUUGUACUAUUCCCCCUAGUUGUCAAGAAGGGUGACGACUUCGGCGAAGGCGAGGACGAGAUUGUCGUCUGCCCAGCCCAGGUCCUGGUCGCCGGAACCAAGAGCAGGAAGGUAGUGAGGGUCAUGAGUGGAGCGAUGUCGAUCAAUCGUCCCGACUCACGAGCAAGUCGCAUCAGUCGGGUAACGAGCGUCGCGCCCCCUGAGAGCACGAUCAUGGACUACGAGCAACCUGGCAGCAACAUGAUCUAG